GUUCACAAAUUGAAGAUGCACUGUCGCCUUGCUUUCCUGCUAUUCAUCGCUCAAUGUGCAUUUGGCGAAAUCACGAAACUUUCUGAAGCCGAUCAGAUCAAAUAUAUGAGACGAACCAUUGAUGAUACAAAACGUCUUGCCGAAAAAGCAAAUUAUACGAAACUGAGUUUCGACGCUGCACUCGAAUCUAAAGUGUUGAAAAUGGCCUGUGACGAUUUGGAGAGCCAGCUAGGAGCAAGAUUUUUCGAUGCAAAGCAUGUAACGAAUGAAAUUGCUAAAAUCGAUGGAGUAACUCGAAUUGCUUGCAUCAAAACGGAUUGUAUUUAUGAAGCAAUCCUGCCAGCUGUGACAAUCAAGUAUAUGUGUGCAUUCGGAUACCCUGAGGAAACUACCACAGUCAGCAGCGCAUCUUUCGGAACUCAGAGAAUUGUAGGAUGUUUCUUUGGAAUUCUCGUUUUUGCAGUUUUUAACUAUUUUAAUUUGUAAUUUUUCGAUGUGAUUUCAAUCGAAAAAAUGUGAUAAACUUGUGAUCUAUG